UACCCGCCAUCGCCUCCGCCUCCGCCCCUCAUUAUCCAUCAUCUUAUUCACUUCAAUAAUUCAGAUCUUCACUCUCUCUCAUCUUUCUCUCUCUAGAACCAUAACCAGAGUAAAAAUGGACGGUCUGAUCAAGGGCUUGAUGGACGUAGCUCUCGGCCACGGAGACGACCGCCGCGAUGACGACUCUCGAGAUGAACAGUCCAGAUCCAGUUGGGCGGAGGUGGUGUCCGGCGAUCAGAAUAGAGAUGAACAUGGUAGUGAUCGCCCUCAUGGCUAUGGUCGUAAACAGUCGAAUGCAGAGGGUAUGAGUGAUCAUAGGCGUGAAGAUUGGCGGAAUGAGGAUUCAAGACCUCCAAGGAGAAGCCAGAAGGCCACCUAUGGGCAGUAUGAAACUGGUGAAGAUAGUCAUGAGGAAAGCCGUUGGAGUAGAAAGGAUAAUGAAGAAAGCAAUAAUGAUGGUUGGGAGACCGUUGGCAAAAAACCCCCAAGGCGACAACACAAGGUUCAGAAGGAUAAUUGGCAAGGAUACAAAAGGCCUGCCAGCGAGCAAGAAUACUCUGAUGAAGUUGAAAUCGGUUCUAACAUUGAACCAACAGAAGAAGAGCUUGCUGAUCUAUCUCAAGCAUGCAACAAACUGUGGGAACUUGAUUCAAACCGUUUGGUACCUUGCAAGGAUUAUGAAAUUGAUUGUGGUGAAGGAAAGAAGGUUUACCAAAAGGAAGAUAUGGCUGGAGGAAGCUUAUUUAACUGGCUGAAUGAAGACGUAUUCAGGAAGCCUACAUUUUCUCGGUUCUGUUCUCUUCUAGAUAACUACAAUCCUAAUGCAGGAAGCAAAGAAGUUGUCACUUCAGAAGAGAGACAAGAGCAGGCUGCAUUCAUAGAAGAAAUCAGCAGAACUGCACCCAUUAUAUUUCUGCACAAGUACCUUUCAUCCAAAGGCAUUGUGUCUGAAAACUUUCAAGAAUUUAAAAGAACAAUGACAAAUCUUUGGUUCGAUCUCUAUGGCCGAUGUGGAACAUCUGGCUCCUCCUCUGCUUUUGAACAUGUUUUUGUUGGAGAAGUUAAGCAACGCGGGGAACAAGAGAUUUCUGGCUUUCAUAAUUGGCUUCAGUUUUACCUCGAAGAAGCGAAGGGAAGUGUUGACUAUCAAGGCUAUAUUUUCCCUCGACGACGUGGGGAAACUCCAGACAGUGAAACCCAGUUACUGACAAUCCAAUUUGAGUGGAACGGUAUUCUGAAAGCUGUGUCGAGCACUUUGGUUGGAGUAAGCCCAGAGUUUGAAAUUGCAUUGUAUACCUUAUGUUUCUUUGUUGGUGGAGAGGACAACCACGUUCAGUUGGGUCCAUACUCAGUUAAUAUCAAAUGCUAUCGCCUUGGGAACAAAAUUGGAUCCGUGUUUCCUGUGUCUGAGUGUUGAUUUCAGGUACCAUAGAUUGCUGUUCUACUUCUCCUACUCCUAUCACAAAACAACUAAGUUAAAAAACACAAAAACAUGGAUAGCCUGUGUUGGGAGUGGGUGACAAGUAUUUAUUGCUCAAACACACAAUAUAUUCAAAGACUACUGAUUUAAUUUUUAUGUAACUUUGGAAAAAUUAACAAUUUUCCAUGCUUUGGUUAUAAUAAAAAGGCAGAAUUACACCAUAAUACAA